GGCGGGGCGUGCCCCGCCAGCGGAGGCCGGGAGGACCAGGAACCCAGGGGAGCAUGGCCACGCUGCGCCGGCUUCGGGAGGCGCCGCGGCACUUACUGGUUUGCGAGAAAUCCAACUUCGGCCACCACAAGUCGCGCCACCGGCAUCUUGUGCAGACGCACUACUAUAACUACAGGGUUUCAUUUCUCAUUCCUGAAUGUGGGAUACUAUCGGAAGAACUGAAAAACCUGGUCAUGAACACUGGACCCUAUUACUUUGUGAAGAAUUUACCUCUUCAUGAAUUAAUUACACCUGAAUUCAUCAGUACCUUUAUAAAGAAAGGUUCUUGCUGUGCACUAACAUACAAUACAAAUAUUGAUGAAGAUAAUACUGUUGCCCUGCUACCAAAUGGGAAAUUAAUUUUGUCACUGGAUAAAGACACUUAUGAAGAAACUGGACUUCAGGGUCAUCCAUCUCAGUUUUCUGGCAGAAAAAUUAUGAAAUUUAUUGUUUCCAUUGAUUUGAUGGAAUUAUCCUUAAACUUGGAUUCUAAGAAGUAUGAAAGAGUAUCUUGGUCCUUCAAAGAAAAGAAGCCAUUGACAUUUGAUUUUCUUUUGGCUUGGCAUAAUACAGGUUCAGAAGAAUCGACAAUGAUGUCAUAUUUUUCCAAGUACCAAAUUCAGGAGCAUCAGCCAAAAGUAGCACUGAGCACGUUGAGAGAUCUCCAGUGCCCAGUGCUGCAGAGCAGCGAGCUGGAGGGAACGCCAGAGGUGUCCUGCCGGGCUCUGGAGCUCUUCGACUGGCUCGGCGCCGUCUUCAGUAAUGUCGACCUAAAUAAUGAGCCUAAUAAUUUCAUAUCAACCUAUUGCUGUCCUGAGCCAAGCACAGUGGUGGCAAAAGCUUAUUUGUGUACAAUCACUGGCUUCAUACUUCCAGAGAAGAUCUGUCUCCUAUUGGAACAUCUCUGUCACUACUUUGAUGAACCGAAGUUAGCUCCAUGGGUUACACUGUCCGUUCAAGGCUUUGCAGACAGCCCUGUUUCUUGGGGAAAAAAUGAACAUGGUUUUCGAAAAGGAGGAGAACAUUUAUAUAACUUUGUGAUUUUUAAUAAUCAGGACUAUUGGCUUCAGAUGGCUGUUGGGGCAAAUGAUCACUGUCCACCAUAAAAAAUAAAAAUUAAAAAUCGUGUUUGCUUACA